AUGUCACCAGACGAUAAUAGUCAUAUAGAGUGUCGUCCAGCUGAUAUUAAGCUUUAUACAUGGUCAGGACCAGAUUUUGCAUCCGGUGAAUGUUGGUAUCAAGGGUAUCGUUUUAAAAAUGGUGCUACCUGGGGUCGAAUAGAUAUACCAGGUGCUCCAUAUUGUGUUUGUGAACAAGGCAACAUUCGCAUUUUCUACAGUCAAUUAAUACCGAAAAAACCCGUUAGUGCUGAUUCAUUGACUUUACUUCAUACAAAUCAUGGUUCAUCACCAACAGCAAAUGAUUUAGCUAAAUGGCCAAUUCCAAAUGUACCUAUCAUACGACAACGAACAAAGAUUUGUUCAACAAAUCAACCUGGUGUACGUGUACGAUCAAGAGAUGGAUGUAUUGGUUGUAGAUGUUCGAAAGGUGGACAUUGGUUAUGUAGAAAACCACCAUUAUUAAAAAGAAAUCGAACUACAAAUAUUCGACAAAGAAUUAGUCAACAACAAUUUCAAACAUCAAAAAAUCAUCGUUACCCAUAUAUUGAUUCAUCGAAUGCAGUAAAUGUUCCACGUCGUUUAACUAAUUUACGUGUGCGAUCACAAUGUCCAAUAGGAACUACACCUAAAUUUUGCAUAUUAAUUGAACGUUUAUCAUCAUCAAAUACUAGUGAAAAAUCUAGUCGUUAUAUUGAAAUACCUCGUGAAACAUCAUGGAUCGAUCGUAAUACAUGUACUCGAUGUUCAUGUAAAACAGAUGGACGUUUAACAUGUGAAUUUCUUCAUGCAACAUGUAAUCGUCCUUGUCUCUUACAAAAAACACGUCCUGUUUUAGUAAUGUAUUAUUUUCCAUCGGGUUCAAAAUGGUUUACACCACCUAAUGAUAAAUGUCGUUCUUGUACAUGUAUCAAUGGACAAAGAACAUGUAUUAAUUGUGAUCAAAUUCUUAAGAUUAAUAUUAACAUGAAUAGAGUUUUAAAGAAUAAUAAUCAAAAACAAUCGGCUAUUGGUGAAUAUAGUUUAUUACCAUCAGGACCAACAUCAAUCAAAACAAAACCAUGUUUACUUCAAAUUAAUAUUAGUUCUCAUCGAUUAGUUUUACCAGGACAACAAACAUGGUUUGAAAAUCGUUGUUAUUUUUGUUCAAAAACCGAUGGUCGAUUAAUAUCAUGUUGA